AAGUGUCUCCAGUUGCCCUGCCCUGGCCAGCCGGAGUGCGGACAGUUCCUGCUCCAGGAAGCCAUUCUGUGGGGCUCCUCUGACACGGGCAGCCAUGCCGCGCAGCCCCACGUCCAGCGAGGACGAGAUGGCUCAGAGCUUCUCCGACUAUUCCGUGGGGUCCGAAUCCGACAGCUCCAAAGAAGAGACCAUCUACGACACGAUCCGGGCCACCGCGGAGAAGCCGGGCGGCGCCAGGAAGGAGGAGAGCCAGGGCAACACGCUGGUGAUCCGCGUGGUCAUCCAGGACCUGCAGCAGACGAAGUGCAUUCGCUUCAACCCGGACGCCACGGUGUGGGUCGCGAAGCAGCGGAUCCUCUGCACGUUGAACCAGAGUCUGAAAGACGUGCUGAACUACGGGCUGUUCCAGCCGGCCAGCAACGGGCGCGACGGCAAGUUCCUGGACGAGGAGCGGCUUCUGCGGGAGUAUCCGCAGCCCCUGGGCCAGGGCGUCCCUUCCCUCGAGUUUCGAUACAAGAAGCGGGUGUAUAAACAGUCCAAUCUUGACGAGAAACAGCUGGCCAAGCUGCAUACAAAGACCAAUCUGAGAAAAUGCAUGGACCAUAUUCAGCACCGCUUGGUGGAGAAAAUCGUCAAGAUGCUGGAUCGAGGCCUGGACCCCAAUUUCCACGACCCGGAGACGGGAGAGACCCCCCUGACCUUAGCUGCCCAGCUGGACGACUCUGUGGAGGUCAUCAAAGCUCUCAGAAACGGCGGGGCUCACCUGGACUUCCGUGCCAAAGAUGGGAUGACCGCCCUGCACAAAGCCGCCCGGAUGAGGAACCAAGUUGCCCUGAAGACCCUGCUAGAGCUUGGAGCGUCCCCGGAUUACAAAGACAGCUACGGGCUCACGCCCCUGUAUCACACGGCCAUCGUUGGGGGCGACCCCUACUGCUGCGAGCUCCUCCUGCACGAACACGCCACCGUGUGCUGCAAAGAUGAGAACGGCUGGCACGAGAUCCACCAGGCCUGCAGGUACGGACACGUGCAGCACCUGGAGCACCUGCUGUUCUAUGGGGCGGACAUGGGCGCCCAGAAUGCCUCGGGGAACACGGCCCUGCACAUCUGCGCCCUCUACAACCAGGACAGCUGUGCGAGAGUGCUGCUGUUUCGAGGCGGAAAUAAGGAAUUAAAGAACUACAACAGCCAGACUCCAUUUCAGGUGGCAAUCAUCGCAGGCAACUUCGAACUGGCAGAAUACAUCAAGAACCACAAGGAGACGGACGUCGUGCCCUUCCGAGAGGCCCCGGCAUACUCCAACCGGAGGCGGCGGCCCCCCAAUACGCUGGCCGCCCCCCGGGUCCUGCUGCGCUCCAACAGCGACAACAACCUCAACGCCAGUGUGCCGGAGUGGGCCGUGUGCCCCACAGCCGCCUCCCACCGCAGCCUCUCGCCGCAGCUGCUGCAGCCGACGCCCAGCAGGCCCGAUGGCGCAGUGAAGACCAUCGGGAACUACAUCCCCGGGCCCCGCAGCCGGUCCCCGUCACUCAACAGGCUGGGCGCAGGCGAGGAUGGCAAGAGGCACCGACACGUCGGGUCGCCCUUCGCUCCUGGUGCCAACAAGGACCCGCUCUCGGCCUUCGAGUACCCGGGGCCCAAGAGGAAGCUCUACAGCGCCGUGCCCGGAAGGCUCUUCGUCGUCGUCAAGCCAUACCAGCCCCAAGUCGACGGCGAGAUCCCCCUUCACCGCGGCGACAGGGUCAAAGUGCUGAGCAUCGGCGAAGGGGGCUUCUGGGAAGGCAGCGCCCGCGGCCACACUGGGUGGUUCCCAGCCGAGUGCGUGGAGGAGGUGCAGUGCAGGCCCCGGGACGGCCAGGCAGAAACCCGUGCAGACCGCAGCAAGAAGCUCUUCAGGCACUACACGGUGGGCUCCUAUGACAGUUUCGACGCCUCCAGCGACUGCAUCAUCGAGGAGAAGACGGUGGUCCUGCAGAAGAAAGACAAUGAGGGCUUCGGGUUCGUGCUCCGGGGGGCGAAAGCGGAUACACCCAUUGAAGAAUUCACACCGACGCCAGCGUUCCCAGCCCUGCAGUACCUGGAGUCCGUGGAUGAAGGCGGGGUGGCGUGGCAAGCCGGGCUGAGGACUGGGGACUUCCUGAUUGAGCCCACUGUGGACGCCACUCCCUGGGACCUGCUGUUUGAUGGUCUCUGA